UUUAAACAUCAAAACAAAGAUCUCAAGAAAAAAUCAGAAAUCAUACAAACAAAGCCCACUUUUAAUUGCAUGGCCUCCUUACAAACUUCAGGUUAUUUGGUCUCUUCUUCUUCGUCAUCUUUCUCUUCAAAAAGUUCGAUAAAUGCUGCAAUUUCUGUCCCUAAACUUCCAAAUUUUAAUUUCCCACUUCCAAAAGUACCAUCGAGAACUUUGGUUGAUGAACUCAUCUUAAAAGAUGCAUUUACAAAGAAAGUUGACGAUGAAUCUUUCAUGAAAUCUGUUAUUACGACUAACUCUAAGGCUGCAACAGUCAAGCUUUACGCAAUCUUAGAAGCUGUUGCUGAUAGAGUAGAGAUGCACAAAAACAUCGGCGAGCAACGUGAUAAUUGGAAUAAACUUCUUUUAAACUCCAUUAACAUGAUAACUCUAACGGCGACUUCCAUUGCCGGAGUUGCAUCAGCAUGUGGUGGUGCAGGUGUUCCUCAUUUCGCUUUAAAUCUUUCGUCAACUCUUUUGUUCACGGCAGCCACCGGGAUGUUGCUUAUAAUGAACAAAAUCCAGCCUUCACAGCUCGCAGAAGAGCAACGUAACGCCGCAAGAUUGUUCAACCAGCUCUAUAGAAACAUAAAAACCAGACUUGCUCUUCAUGAUAAUCAUACUGAAAUGGACGUGAAGGAUGCGAUGAACAAGGUUCUGGCUCUCGACAAAGCUUAUCCGCUUCCUUUAAUGGGGAAAAUGAUUGAGAAAUUUCCUGAAAGAUUUGAGCCUGCUUCUUGGUGGAAAAAACCUAACAAUAAAUCACCAAGAAAAAACACAAGAUCACAAGGAAAUAUCAAUGGAUGGAAUGAAGAUCUUGAAAUGGAAAUGAGAGAGGUUCUUGAAGUGAUAAAAACAAAAGAUGUUGAAGAAUAUAAGAGAUUAGGAAAUGCUGCAUUAAAGGUAAACAAGAUUUUAGCCAUCUCAGGUCCAUUACUCACCGGCAUUGCAGCUGUAGGAUCUGCUUUUGCCGGUCAUGGAUCUUUGGCUGCUGUAAUAGCAGUCACUGCGGGUGCUUUAGCUACGACGGUUAAUACAGUUGAGCAUGGCGGUCAGGUAGGUAUGGUGGUGGAAAUGUACAGAAACUGUGCUGGAUUCUUCUCACUGUUGGAGGAAUCUGUCGAGUCUACACUUGAAAUUAGUGAACCGGAGAGAAGAGAAAAUGGAGAUUUAUUUGAAACGAAGGUGGCUUUGAAGCUGGGAAGAAGCUUGUCGGAGCUUAGAGAUCUUGCUCGAAAAUCAUAUGCCUGUCGAAUGGAAGUAACCGAAGUUGAUGAAUUUGCAAGCAAACUCAUUUGAGUUUUGUAUUUGUAUUUAGUUGUGUAUAACUAGACAUCAUUUGUUUAUUCUUUAGUAUAUAUAUGAUGAUUCUUUGU